CUCCUCUCUUAUUCUGGUUUUUACAAAAAUAAAAAUAAAAAUAAAAAUAAAAAUAAAAUGAAGGUGAUAGACAAGAUCAAGGCAGCAGAAGCAGAGAACAAAAGCCUCUUCUCUUUCGAAUAUUUUGCUCCAAAAACCGAGAAUGGUGUUGAAAAUCUGUUGGAAACAAUGGAGAGAAUGGUGGUUCAGGUUCAUGCACCUUGUUUUUGUGACAUUACUUGGAGUACUCCUACUGCUAAUGUAACCAUGGAAAUAGCCAACCGUAUGCAAAAUAGUGUUUGUGUUGAAGCUAUGAUGCACAUUACAUGUGCUAAUAUGCCUGUUGAAAAGAUUGAUAUUGCUCUUGAUACUAUCAAGUCUAAUGGUUUGCAAAAUGUUCUUGCUCUUCGCGGUGAUCCUCCUCCUGGAGAGGAUCAAUUUGUUCCUGUUGAAGGCGGAUUUUCUUGCGCCCUCGAUCUCGUUAAGCAUAUGAGGAGCAAAUAUGGGGAUUACUUUGGUAUUGCUGUUUCUGGUUAUCCAGAGGCACAUCCUAGUGUUUUUGGACCCGAUGGUGUGGCGAGUCCCGAAGCAUAUGCUAGUGAUUUGGCUUACUUGAAGAGAAAGGUCGAUGCGGGUGCUGAUCUUAUAGUGACGCAGCUAUUUUUUGAUACGGAUAUUUUUCUCAAAUUUGUUAAAGAUUGCCGCCAAAUUGGAAUCACUUGUCCAAUUGUUCCUGGAAUUUAUCCCAUCAUAGACUAUAAAGGAUUUUUACGAAUGACUGGUUUAUGCAAAACAAAGAUUCCUGAAGAGAUCAGUGAUGCAUUGGAGCGAAUCAAGGACAACGAAGAUGCAGUGAGAGCCUACGGUAUUCGUCUCGGAACAAAAAUGUGCAAGAAGAUUUUGGGCAGUGGAGUCAAACACCUACAUCUUUAUACCUUGAAUAAGGAGGAGUCUUCAUUGAGAAUAUUGAUGAAUCUUGGAUUGAUUGAAGAGUCCACAAUUCCAACGCCAAUAUCGCAGCUUACUCCUCAAGAUGCGCCAGUGAGCAUUCCCACCUCGGCGAGGAUGGACUCUGAAGAUGUAGAGGUCCAGAAAACUCUGUAUUUGUAGCAUUAUAGAUCGUCUUCAUAAGCUGCUUUGAUCCUUUAAUUAAUAUAACUGUCAUUAAAACUUUUCUUAUUCUUCCCCUACCAACAAUAUUUAUUUCUUGAAUGUAAAACAAAUGAUGUACUUAGGCUCCGUUCUGUUCAACUUAUUUUGUUUGAAUUUAUAUGAACUUUUCUUAACUUAUUUAAACUUAUUUUAUCCGAAAAAAUU